CCAGGGUUUUUGUGUGAAUUUCUUUUGAAAUUCGAUCACUUCAUGGCUCUAAUUGAAACCCAAAACCCUGUUUUCAUAGGAGAUGAAUACGAGCUGGCGAUUAAUCAAUCGAUUCAAAGCGUAUUAGAUUCACUGCAAAACCCUAAUCAUGAUUUAUCCGUUUUUACAUCGACAUUUCUCAAAUUAAUGCAAGCGAAACCCGACCCUCUUCUUGAAACUAUCUGGGUUUUCUCGGGUUUAGUUUUUCAAAUCGAUAAUCCUCCAAAAGACGAUAUUUUGGAUGAAGUAUUAGCUGUGAAAGAUCUUUUUCAAUCUAUAACUGCUUAUUCUGCUUCGUGUAGUCCUUCAGUUUCCAUCGCGCUAAUUGCGCCUGUCAUAUUUAAAUUGUAUGGAUUAGCUGUCGAUUCGAAGAGGAAAGAUGCGGAUUUAAAGCGAGGAAAGAAAGCGAAAAGAGAGAUUAGGUCAUUACUUGAUGUAAUUUUGGGGUAUUUUAACGUAUGUUGUGAGGGACCAAACGGUGAUGAGGAUUCUGGGUUAGUGAGGCCGUUAAAUGAUCUAGUUUCAAUUUGGGUUCAUGGUGAAGGGAAUGGAAAUGGAGCUGGCAAGAAUGGAUUGAAGCAGUUUUUCCCACUUUUCAGUGAUGAAAUCAUAGACUGUGUUACUGAAGAAAGUGCAGGUGUUCUUGGAUUGCUGGCUGGAGCUGUGAUUUUAGAGGCAUUUUUGUUGAAAUUGUGUUUAAAAUUUAGUGAUGGGAGUUCAAGACAGGAGCUGCAGAAUGAUUUGAGGAAUUGGGCUGUUUGUUCCAUAACUGGGUUUCAUAAUUUCUACUUCUUUGAUAUGCUCGUUAAGAUGCUGUUAGAACCGAAUUUGACAGUGAUGUCCUUACUGAGUUCCGAAGAUGAAUCAUUUCUGAGGAAACUGAUAUACGAUGUUGUUAUAUUACCCGACUAUUCGUUCCUCAAUCUUGAAAAAGUCGGUCAUCUUUCCAAUAACCACGUAAAGAAUAACAUUUUGUCGAGACUUAUGGUGACCCAUGAAGCUAUCGAGUUAUCUAGGAAGAACAAAGACCAUACAAAAGCCAUUUCUUACACAAAUGCAUUCUCGGGUUCUCAUUUACCGACAGUUGUAACUAAAUUGGUUACAAGCGAGCUUGGUGCCCAGGGAAUAGAAAGUCAACGUAAGGGAUCAUCACCUGCGGCGUUCCUAAAAUGGAUGCUCGAUCUCGAGGAUCAAGGUUUGCGUUUGUGUGAUGGUUUCAUGUCAAAACAUCGUGAAAGAUUAGUCCGUCACAGUUCAAGACUGGACCUUGACCAACCGUCAUCUGAGAAAACAGAUAACAAUCUACUCUUCUUCAUCGAUAACAAGGGUAACGAUGAAGACGAAAAUAUUAACGAUUCCAUGAACGACGUCUUUGUUGCUGCUGCCCACGAAAUGCAAUCUGGGAAGAAACGAAAAGAAAUUAAGACGAAGGACAAAGAUGGAGUCAAGUUUCAAAGACACAACCUUUCAGGUCCAAGAGCUGCCGGCGAAUUCAAGACGGAUGAUUCAGACAGUGCGAGCGAAGUGGACGAUCCCUACUCCGAUGAAGAUCUGGAAUGAAGGAAAGUGUACGGAUUCGAACCGAUCUCGAAAAAACAAGAUUCUGUUAAAAAAACAUGGUUAGAAUGUCUGUUUAUUAAUUCAGGGACCAAAUGUAUCCAUUCGUCCUAAGUUAAAGGACCAGAUUUGUAUUUUUACUGUAACAGAAACAUCAAUGAUUCAGCCAGCUUAGCUGGAUAAUAUU